UGUCUCAAGAAACCUCUUCCAAAAGACAAGAAAAAAAAGCCAAAAAAGCCGAGAAAGAUACAUUUGUAGACAAGAGUAAACAAAGAUACCAAAGCAAGGAUCAUGCUCGAGACUUAAAUAGCUUUUUUAAUGCGAUUGACAGAAUCACAGCACAUCUUAUAAGGAAUUAUGAUGAUGAGGCCAGUGUCAUCAGAAAAUUCCAGUUACAGAACUUGAAUAACCACAAAGAGUUUUACCGAUAUCUGCAAUCCAUUGACUGUGUCUGUAAAGAACGUUUACAUGUCUUGAAAGGAAUUCAAAAAAGGCUUUAUUUCGUUAAGGGUAUUGACGUUCUUUCAAGUGAGAAGACAUCCGAAGUUAUCUUGGCAGGAAAGGACUUGUUGGAUAAUGCAGAUGCACUUCGAGAGGCUGAUAAGAAAAUACCUGAACCUAUCACUUGCCAAAAGCAAUGGAAGAUGGAUUUCAAUCAGACUAAAAAUACUUCAAAAGCCACUGGGUAUCAACAUUGUGUUAUCAUCUUGGUCCUUGUUGUAAUCGCCUUUGUCUUGUUGAAUGUUGUCCAUAAUCUCAAGGAGGUAUCUGCCUUGUCGGCCAUAUACCAUAUAACUAUGAUUGCUGCCACAGGUAUUUUUGGUAUCGUUAGUGAAAAAUAUCUUCAAGAGAAAAAAAACAAGUUGGUUGAUUUGCUUCAAGUCAUUGAGGCUGACUUGUCUGGUCUGAAGGAAGCCACCAACAAGUACAAUGUAUUGUUAGAAGACGAGACAAUGAAUCUUAUGAAAAGCCUCAAGAGCACUUUAUUCUUGGUUGAUCGUAACCCUGAAGAUUCUAAAGAAAUAAAGCAAGUCGAAUUGGAGACUGAAGGAUCAAUGGACCAUUGCAAAAAACUGAUUGACGUUUAUCAACAAAUUAGCAAAAGAGCACAUAAUAGUUGUAUAUUGAUAAAAAAAGUAGUUCUUGAAAACCAAUGACUGGUGGUUUAUCAUUGAGAAUAACGCAAUGAAAUAAAGUAUACACUUGUAAAUCACUUUUUA